AUUCUCAAAAAAGACGACCAGAAUUCAAUUAAUAACUCAAGCGUUAUGCCAUUACUAGAAUCCACGUCCUCCGAGCCUAAACAAGUCCAAAAUCACAAAAAUCAAAUUGUACCCAAAUUCCCCCCAAUAGUCGAUAUGAUCGAGCCUAUCUCUAAAAAUUCUCGCGAGAACGAGCUCCAUUUGCAAAUGACUAUUGUAUCUUCUAUGACGUCACAGAGUUAUGAGUCUGCUGACGAAAUAAUCGAGUACCGUCGAAUAGCUAAAGAAGCUUUAGAGAAACCUUUACGUCGAAAAAAACAUAGUUUGAAAGAGCUUAAUGUAAAGAUGUUCAACUUCUCACAUUUUGAAGAGCUCAAACAUGUUGGAAGCGGAGGAUACGCAAAUGUAUAUUCUGCUAAGCUCAAUGGACAACGAUAUGCACUAAAGAGUCUGAGGAAUACACUGCGAUUAGAACAUAAAGAAGCUAUAUCAUUCAUUCAUGAG